CCGACAAUCUCUGAUAUUCCUCAGUUCCUUGGAUUUUUCCCACAUCCACCUCAGUUGACAUGCCAGAGCUCCCUGAGGUUGAACGAGCUCGGAAACUUAUUGAAGACUCCUGCAAGGGGUACAAGAUCGCUUCAGUCGAUGCUCAAGAAGACAGUAUCAUCUUUACCGGUGGAACAGACCAUAACGAAUUUGCCAAAGAGAUCGCAGGAAGGUCUAUAACAGGAUGUGAGCGGAAAGGAAAAACGUUCUGGAUGACCUUGUCGGGUGAAGGACGAUACCCGGUGAUGCAUUUCGGCAUGACAGGUAUGAUACAGCUCAAAGGUCAAGAACCAACUUGGUAUCGGAGAAGGCCCAAAGAAAGUGCGGAUGUCUGGCCUCCCAGAUUCUAUAAGUUCGUACUAAAGCUUGAACCUCAAGAAGGCUCCAUCGCCGAUGAACCUCGAGAACUUGCUUUCAUAGAUGGGCGUCGGCUUGGUCGUCUUCGUUUGGUAUCUGAUCCUGUAUCUUCCCAUCCUCCCGUCUCGGAGUUAGGUUUCGACCCUAUACUCAAUCAUCCAACUUUGGAAGAGUUUACAAAGCUGCUGGUGAACAAGAAAGGUACUGUGAAAGGCGUCAUCAUGGACCAAGCAUUCAGUGCGGGUGUUGGCAAUUGGGUUGCAGACGAGGUACUUUACCAGGCCCGUAUCCACCCUUCUUGCCCCAUUCCCGCAUUAUCCGAACAAAACAUUAGAGAUCUCCACCACCAACUCCGUGCUGUGCCUCUCACCGCAAUAUCUGUCAAUGCUGAUUCGAAACUUUUUCCUUCCGACUGGCUCUUCCGCUGGAGGUGGAGUAAAGGUACAACUCAGAAAAAGCAGAUGGAGAAGGACAAAAAGAGUAAAGGGAAGAAGGUCGUGGACGGUGAGGGGGGUGAGGACGUGGAGCCGGAGGAUAAAGAGUUUUUGGAGCUUCCCGAUGGAUCACCAGCCACGAUCAAAUUUAUUGAAGUCGGUGGACGAACGACUGCACUAGUCGAAGAGCUGCAAAAGAUGCCGGAAGGAGUCGAGAUCAAGCCGAAAAUCAGUAAAGGCGGCAAAAGGGCCGGAGCGAAGAGGAAGAAGGUCGCUAAGGAGGAAGAAUCGGAUGAAGGGAGUGAACUAUCCGACCAGAGUGAUUUAGAAGAGCAGAAACCCAAAAGACCUCUGACGGCAAGACAAAAAGCAGCCGCAGAGAAAAAGGGGAUCAACAGUAAUUUAGCCUCGCAGACGAAAACUGAAGAUAAUAAACCUUCUGCUGCAAAACGACGAGCCAUUGGAGCAAGGACUGGGGGGUCCAAAAAUCAUCCGGAUUCGGAGGUGAAGAAGGAAAAAGGGAGUACAGAAUGUCGUAAAUCCAAGAAGCAAGUGGAGGCAGUUGGCGAAAAACUUGCAAAGAUCAAGCCUCAAAAGGGUAGAAAGAAGGCAGCUUCAACUCCAGAGUCUUCAGAACUGUCCGAUCUUGUCGAAUAGUUCAAAGGCACAAAAUGGUGAUUGAGUGCUCCGUUUGUUUUGACUAGAUGAGGCCAUAAGACGCACGUAGACUAUACGCUGUACGUUGUAAGUGCAGAAGAAUAACUUUUGCG